AUGGCGAAGCGCAAGGCUUUGGUUGUCGGCAUCAACUAUGCAGGAUCGGAUGCGGAACUCCAUGGGGCAGUGAACGAUGCUCUUCGCUGGGAAAAGGCACUUGAGGGCUUCGGCGUUCACGACACGUGGGUGAUGGUCGACGAGUACCCGAGCGGUGAGGUAGUGGGAGCUGAGGAAGAUGGCAGCUAUUCCGUUCCGACCAAGGAGAACAUUCUGCAAGGCCUGGACUGGCUUACAGCCGAGGCUUCAAAGGGCGACUGCUUGACAUUGAUUUACUGUGGGCGAGCAGCACAGGUCCAGGGCUUUGCCGGUGGAUACCCAGUCGAAGAGGCGCUGUGUCCUCUGGACUGGGAAGGCAGCAUGACGUACUAUGUCAUCACGGACCACGACCUUCACCGCUGCUUUGCACGCUUGCCUGCUGGUGUGAUGUUGACCGUGAUUCUUGAUGCAUCACUCAUGGGACCUCCCGUUCGGGCACCUAUCAAGCGCAGCAUGCAGCAUCCGUUCCAUGAGCUGCGAAAUGGACCUACGCUUCAGGACCAACCUUAUGAUGAGAACGCAUGGUCACAGCAUCAGCAUGUGAAUGCGUUGCCUCGGCGCGUGUCGCGAGUGGUCAGAAGGUCAUUCUGGACAUUGCUGGGGCAGCUGUUGCCGGACGAGAGGAAGCCUCUUGACGAAGGCUUGGCAGUCUUUUGCAUCGCUGCUUCCGGUCCGGGCCAGUCUGCAAUUGAAGCUUACCUGAACGGCAGUCAACAAGGAGUGCUCACGUUUUGCUUGCUGCAGGCGUUGCAGCACUUGCGCCAGAGCACGUUCCUGGAAUGGCUGACUGCUGCAGACAAGGAAGCGUCGAAGCUACGCGGCAAGGUCAUGCCAGCAAUGGACCAGUUUUUCGAGAUAGCAUACAGUCGGCAUGUCGGCCUGGAGAGCCGACUGUUUGAUCCAGCCUGUGCUCUCCUUGCAAAGGAACGUGCAAAACGACGGCGCGGUGAAUCUUGGCAGUGA